AUGGAGAUGGGUUUGCAGAACGAAAAAAGAAGAAGUCGUCGGGAAGGUGAAGAUGUGUCCAGCAAAUCAUACUACAUCGUGAACGAUUCAAAUGGUAAUCCCAAGAAGAAUCCAGGGGGAUUCCAUCAAGAUUCGCACUCUCCACGCGGAAAUCACUCACCUUCUCUUAUGAAUGAGAGCUUCCCCAGAGUACCAUCACGCACUAGUGAUGAACACCAUCCAUCAUCGCACUCACUAAUUACUGGAACGUACGGCAAAAUCAUGUUUAUUCCAGCCCAUAUGAUGCUCCCCCCUGAGGAAGCAUCACUACUCCGUCGCGCCCGGCAAUUUCCACCUGUAACAGCAUGUUCGCUCGGCGAACUCAGCCUGGAGUCCAUUAUCAAAAACACCCAGCUUCGAAUGGAUGUUAAUUUUGAUAAGGAUCUUCAUUUUCGACCAGUGGGUGGCCCGGCAAAGCUGAAGGUGGCAGAUGAGUAUUGGCGAGCGAUCGCCAUCGAAUUUUCGAUAUAUGCCUUUUGCACCAGCCACAGCAUCAACUUCUCUCUCGACCUCGACUCUUCACUUCCAAUCCACCAGGUCUUUCAAGCAAGACUACCAAAAAUGCUUGAUAUUUUGCGGGAAAUAUUAUUGACUUUGGUUCCCGAACGAGAUUGCCAAUGCGUAGAGGAAAAUUUGGACAUUUCGUUUCUUAUGAAGCAGAUUGAAAAAGGAGUCUUAAAUUUGGUUGGACUUGCUGAAUGGCUUGCGACUUUGUUGAAAACCCAUUGUGCACCCAUGAGAGACCAUAUGGCUGAUGAAAUGGUCAAACAUAUUCAAACGGGUUGUCAAUUGCAAGAUAUGAACGAAAUCGCGGAAGGUCUGAAACAGCUGUUCGCGAUUCUCGAAUCAAUGAAGCUGGAUGUGGCAAAUCAUCAGAUACGCGUCUUCAGGGUACUUCUGAUACAAGAUUCAAUUGAGUAUCUGACGAAAUACUUCCACUUCAGCAUGAAAAAAUCGCCCAGGACUUUCAGAGAAGCGCAAGAUGCAAGGGACUGGUAUCUUGGAUAUCGACGCCUAGAACGGUACCAGAACAAUCCACAACUUGUUCUCAAUAAUUUCGAAUCCGCUAAGGUCUUAUUCGAAGGCUUAUUUAGUAUUCUGUGCUCGUUCGGCUCGCCAAAAUUGUUUCCCAAAACCUUCCAAUUCGAUAUCGAUAGAUUAUGCAAUAUUCAGGAUAAUUUCGAGACGCUCGUUUUACUUCAAGUAUGUUACCAGGUGUUUAACGCAGCGGUGAGAAGGAUAUAUGGAGAGAUUUCCUUCUGCACUUCAACGUAUAACUCUCUGCAAUCUCGCAUACUAUCGGUCCUCAAAUAUGGCGACUACCAAUCAGUGGAAACCCGUCCUCCAGGAAAUUGCACGAUAGAUCGGUUCCGAGGCAACAUACCCAACAUCGCUCUAGAAAUUGCACGAGUUGCGCAUAUGAUGCAAGAUAGUCACUGCGGAGCGACAUAUCCAGACGAAAGUACCAUUGACUUUGCAUCAAGCAUGCUUCGUUCACUUCUGUGGUUCAAAGAUGCUCAGUUUUGGGACAUUCGCGACUGUAUCCAGCAAGAUCUGCAGAGUAUUACGAUCGAGUUUGCAGAACAAUUCUGGUCAAUGACAGCACUUGGUGUGGCCGACUCGCAGAACCUUGGGCGAUCAUACGACCACAUGUCGUUGCCUCAGAUCCCCGAUUUACAAUGCCUUGGAAAACGUCUGGCACAUAUUGGACUGUUGCAUUGGAGAGUUUGGGCUCCCUUAAUCUAUUCUCCAGAAGAUGGGGUGUGA